AUGGAAAAUGGCCUGGAGGAUGUGGCAGUCAAGAAGAUCGUCAGCGUACGGCAGAGGGCGCCACGUAUUCUCGCACAACUUGACAAGUUUGAUCAAGGCUUGGAGAACAUACCCGCGAGGGUGGGCCAUUCGGUGGACAACCUGGAGAUCAACCAGUCGGUCCUGGACCGGAUCACCUUCGAGAGCGAAAGACUGAGAACCAGCCACAGCGAGGCGUCUUCAAGAAGGAACAGUGACGACGGAGGCAGAGCGAGGAAAGAGAACUUCAGGAAAGAUGGCACCAGUUCUGAACCGCCCACGGCUGGGGUGAUGCAUUACAGCGCAUGGAAUGAAAUGGACAGCUCAAACUCCACCACCAGAACUGAACUGAGCUUGUCCGACGGUGGAGAGGAGGCAAAGCCUCGUAAGAGUCAUGAGUCGGCACUCCCCGGUACUCCGAUGCACGUACGGCCUCCUUGGAGAUCAGCCGAUAGUCUGACAGCGGAAGCAGCCUUCGGCUCCUCACUGGCAGACAUCAUGGAAAGUCCAGCUAACAAGGUCUCUCUCCGCGACGACCUGAUGCCUGACUCGGCCAGCUCUGAAGAGCGGCGGACCCGUAUGGGCUGGAGGCUGGUGAAGAACGUCACUUCUGCUGCUGGAGUACUGUCAGGGAAGACCGGGGAAGUGCCCACUGCCCCGGCGUUACCCGGUACACCAUUGCCAAGUUUUCAAUCUAAGUCGGAGAGCAAGAGUUCUGAUUAUGCCAAAGAAGAUAGGAAACCUUCACUGCCUAACUACCUUAGUGAGAAAGAAGAAAAUGUAGGGGAGGUAAACCCAGAGGGUUUAGAUCCGGAGUCACUUAUGUUCCGUGAUGGUAGACGGAGAAUAGACAUGGUCUUGGCUUUCGAGGAGGAGGAUUAUGGCGUGAUGACGGAAGCCGAGGCUAGAAAAAGGGACCACAGAAGAACAUUCCAGGAAAACUUAAUAAGAGAAGGAUUGGAAUUAGAAUUGGAAAACAAAUGUUUGUCGUUCGACGAGAAAACGUGGUUUCUGAAGAUCCACAUACCUUGGAAGACGGAGAUGAGGUUAGCCGAAGUUAUAGGAAUGAAAUUACCAACCAAAAGGUUCAUCACUAUUUCUGUUAGAGCUUGGAAUGAUGAAAAACAAGCAGAGAAAGAUAAGAGAUGGCAUUCAAAAUGGCGUCGGCGGUGGAAACAUUUGUAUGAAUACGAACACACCAGAAUAGAACCAGAGCCCUCAUUUUAUACCUCUACAGAACAGAAGGGUGCGAGAAGAGAAGAGCAAUUUUUAGUCAAAGACCGCCACACGCAAUUCUCGCCUGCACAAAGGAGUUUGCUCGUUAUGCAAAUAUUGUUAAGAGCUAAAUAUGACAAUACGGAGACGAAGAUGGGUAUUCGUCGACUGUUAAACGACGGAACAUACUUGGCCUGUUUUCCUCUUCACGAAGGACGAUAUGACAUGGACAUGCGUGAUGGCUCUGUUACUGACAGAAGACUGCUCUAUUUAGAAUGGGCCAGGCCUUGCAAGUGGUACAAAAAGCAGCCGCUAUGGCUGGUCCGCCGGUAUUUCGGCGAGAAGAUCGGCCUAUACUUCUGCUGGCUCGGGUUCUACACUAAGAUGCUAUACGCUCCUGCUAUUGUUGGCACUCUCUGCUUUCUCUACGGCUUGGCCAGUAUGGAGUCAAACGAUAACAUUCCCAGUCUUGAGAUCUGCGACACCAGAGGUCCCGGCAGCACGACGCUGUGCCCCCUUUGCGACAAAGCAUGUCAGUACCAGACGCUGUCAGAUUCAUGUCUAUUCGCCAAACUGACGUAUCUGUUUGACAAUCCGGCGACGGUGUUCUUCGCGAUUUUCAUGUCUUUUUGGGCGACUACAUUCCUGGAGCUGUGGAAGAGAAAACAGUCCAUAUUGAGGUGGGAAUGGGACUUGGGCGGUGUCGUUUAUGAUGAAGAACCUCGGCCUGAAUUCGAGGCUUCAGUGAAGACCUUCAGAACUAACCCCGUGACGAGAGAGAAGGAACCAUAUUUGCCGGCUUGGCAAAAGACCAUGAGAUACGUGGCAACCAGCUCAGCUGUACUGUUUAUGAUCACAAUAGUCAUGGGAGCCGUGUUAGGCACCAUUAUCUACCGCAUCUCCAUGGUGUCUGUCAUCUACGGUGGAAGCGGCUUCUUCCUGAAGAAACACGCCAAGAUUUUCACCGCCAUGACAGCUGCGCUCAUCAACUUGACCAUCAUCAUGAUUCUCACCAGGAUAUACGCCAAAGUAGCGGUGAUUCUCACGAACUUGGAGAACCCCAGGACGCAGACGGAAUACGAGGACUCGUACACCUUCAAGAUAUUCUUCUUUGAGUUCAUGAACUUCUACUCUUCUUUGAUCUACAUAGCUUUCUUCAAGGGCCGUUUCUACGACUACCCUGGGGAUGACCAAGCUCGCAAAUCUGAAUUCUUCAAGCUGAAAGGCGAUAUUUGUGACCCAGCUGGCUGUCUGUCUGAGCUUUGCAUUCAGCUCGCUAUCAUCAUGAUAGGAAAGCAGUGUUUCAACAACUUUCUAGAGCUUGGAUAUCCCAAGUUCCACAAUUGGUGGCGGCGGCGGUCACAUCGCGCGGUGACGCGCGACCGCAGCAAGCCACACAUGGCAUGGGAGCAGGACUAUCAUCUGCAGGACCCCGGACGGCUGGCGUUGUUCGACGAAUACCUAGAAAUGAUCUUGCAGUACGGCUUUGUCACAUUGUUCGUGGCGGCAUUUCCACUGGCGCCGUUAUUCGCUCUACUGAAUAAUAUCGCUGAAAUACGGUUGGACGCUUACAAGAUGGUCACCCAAGCUAGAAGACCGCUAGCUGAGAGAGUUGAGGAUAUAGGGGCUUGGUACGGAAUAUUAAGAGGCAUUACUUAUGCAGCCGUCGUGUCAAAUGCCUUCGUCAUAGCAUACACCAGUGAUUUCAUCCCGCGCAUGGUGUACAAAUACGUUUACUCGCCGGACAACACACUCAGGGGCUAUAUAGACCACUCUCUCUCGUUAUUCAACACAUCAGACUACCGCGAAGAUUGGGGAGCAGACGAGAACGAAGUGGACCCACCGACGUGCGCCUACAGGGGGUACCGCAACCCCCCUGACCACGCCGACCCUUACGGCCUAUCACCCCACUACUGGCACGUGUUCGCCGCGAGACUGGCCUUCGUUGUAGUCUUCGAGCACGUCGUCUUCGGCCUGACGGGUCUGAUGCAGCUGUUCAUACCGGAUGUACCCAGUGAGCUACGCACUCAGAUGCAGAGGGAGGCUCUGUUAGCGAAGGAAGCCAAGUAUGAGCAUGGGCGUAGAAGACUUUCGACUGAGUAUAGGCAGUUGAUUACGCAGAAGAGCGACCCUAGCGCUGAGCGCACGGGCGGGUGGCUGCGGCGUGCGUCCCGCGCGUCGGACGGGCUGGACGCUCACGUGGCGGUCGCUCAACGGCCGUCUACGCCGCCCGUCACUCAAUGA